AUGGCGUGGUCAAAGUCCACGCGGAUCAGCAUCAUGCUGGCCAUCGAUGUCGUCUUCUUCCUCGUCGAGUUGAUUGUCGGCCUGGUCGUCAAGUCGCUGGCCCUGACUGCCGAUGCCUUCCACAUGCUCAACGACAUCAUUUCCCUCUGUGUCGGACUCUGGGCCGUUGCCGUCGCAAGGAAGGCUACCACCGACAAGUACUCCUACGGUUGGUUGCGAGCCGAGAUUCUCGGUGCCUUCUUCAACGCCGUCUUCCUCAUCGCCCUCUGCGUCUCCAUCAUCCUCGAGGCCAUUACCCGAUUCUUUGACCCUCCCGAAAUCGAAAACCCCGUCCUCAUUCUCAUUGUCGGUGCACUCGGCCUUACCUCCAACCUCGUCGGCUUCUUUGUUCUCGGCGGCCACGGCCAUUCCCACGGCGGCGAGCACGAUCACGAUCACGGCGACGGCGAGCACGACCACGGACACGACCAUGACCAUCCCCACUCUGCAGAGCACGCCGCCGAGGAGGGCCGCGCCCACGUCUCGCACGCUACCGACAACGACGGUGGCAACGUUGGUGAUGUUUUCCCCGAAGCCAUCGUCGCUAGAGCCUCCGCCGGUGCCAACCCUGAGACACCUCGUCGCAUUCGGUUCGAUGGGGAAUCCGACCCGUCGGGCCGAGCUCAGAGCCGCACAUCCGCCACUUCCAAGAGCCAGAACCGAAGAAACAGCUCGCGAAACCACUCGCGUCUGACUAGUAUUGAGGACAUUAGCAUCUAUCCUUCGAGCUUCCGCCAGGAAAUCAUCGACGCCAGCCGUUCUCAGCGUGACGGACAGGAGUCGACCACGAGCGAGAGCGAGGUUGAGGAGACUGUUAUCGAGGAUGGCGAGCCUGAUGAGCAGUCGCCCCUGCUCAAGUCCAAGGGCAACGACCACUCUUACAUGAUUGAGAACUCCCGCGGCCGAUCCUCCCACAAGCACUCGAGACGGGAGUCCAGCCUUCACGUCGACCACAACCACAACAAGGAGCGUAAGAAGGCCUCUGGCGGCCACGGCCACGACCACGGCGAUAUGGGAAUGAACGCCAUGGUCCUUCACGUCAUUGGCGAUGCUCUGGGCAAUGUUGGUGUGAUUGUCACCGCUCUCAUCAUCUGGCUGACCGACUGGCCUGGCCGUUUCUACGCCGAUCCCGCGGUUUCACUCUUCAUCACUCUCAUUAUCCUCAAGUCCGCCAUUCCUCUCACCAAGGCAACCUCCAAGGUUCUUCUCCAGGCUACCCCCGACAACAUUGACCUCCAGGAGAUCCGCGAGGAUAUCGAAAAGUUGGAAGGUGUCAUCAGCUGCCACCAUGUUCACGUCUGGCAACUUUCCGAUACCAAGAUUGUUGCCUCCCUCCACGUCCACGUUAACUUCCCAAUCUCUGCCGAGAACGGUGAGAAGUACAUGAAGCUUGCAAAGUCGGCCCGCAGAUGUCUUCACGGAUUCGGCAUUCACGCAGCCACCAUUCAACCCGAGUUCUGCGGAGACGACGAGCACCAUGCUACCGAGCCCGAGCACAUUACUCAAUACGAUGGCACUGCCAUUGCUGGCUCGCCAAAGCAGACCUGCUUGUUGCAGUGCGUAGACAACUGCGAAGCAGGUGGCUGCUGUACCGAGUCAACAGCUGCCGGAAGUUUGCGCAGCCAGUCCACCCACAGCCACGAUGGCCACGGCCACGAUCACGACCACGGCAACAGUCAUAGCCACGACGACCAUGGACACUCUCAUUGA